AAGAUAAUAAUAAUAAUGAUAAUUAUAAAUUGGGAGUUGUAAAAAGAAUAAAAACACUAAAAGGUAAUUCAAGUAAAAGCCAUACUAAAAAGUUAGGUUUUAAUUUGUUUUUAAAUAUCCAGUGGACCGGACCAGUAAAACCACAGCAUAAAUGUUCUGCCUUUUGAUCUUGCUGAACAGCACCUCCUACUGGUUCCUUUUUAUAUUGCUGUGCCCAGUAGUAUUUUCCCUUCAGUGCAGCCGUGUGCAUCAGAGCCAUGUGCAGUUCUCCUUUUCUGUUUCAAGUCUGACCGAUUCUGCGUCUACUUCCAUCAUGUCUGGCCCGGUCCAGACCACCUCUGACGGACUCUGUAAUCUGGUCCGAUGGGCUCACAGCCACGGCACCAUCUGCAGCCUCCUCCCCGGCCUGCUGCGCGUCACCCGUGGUUCCUAUGGCAACGUGCUGACACCUGGUUCCCAUGGCGGCGGCGGCGGCGUCACCGUCGCCGUGUGGGGCUGUAGCGCCGGCCACGCCUACCACUGGCCCCUCAGUGACCAGGAGAGGAUUGUCGGAGGGCGUUGGUCCAAUAAGGUGGCGAUGAGAACAUCACAUGACGUCUCCAGUAGCGAAGCAGCAUCAGAGGGGGAGGAGUUCAGCAUCUGGCUGUUGGACGUCGCUGCAUGUGAUUCAGACGAAGACGGCGACUAUGAGCCACACCCAUCCAGGAAAAGAGGCGGGGCACCUGGAGGAGGCGCCACGGGGAAAAAAAUCAAGCUGGAAGCAACAUCAGCAGAAGAUCAUGAGACUCUGGCUAACGUGGCUAGCAUGGGGCUAGCAGAGACAGACGCUACUAAUCUGUCAAAAGGACGUCAGACACCAAACACACUCUCAUCCUGCCUUCAGUCCCAACAUGGACAACAUCUGUACUGUAAGAGAUCAGAGCCAGAGGUGGAGCUGAUGGGUGGAGGCAGCUGCACCACAGAGAAGACAGCAGCUGAACUGGGCCACAUCGAGCUGGAGAAGCUCCGAGUUCUACUUUCUGCAGAACGCAGCAGAAACCAGCAGAUGACGGAGAUGAUCUCCAGCCUGAAGCAGGAGAAGGAGCUGCUGCAGAGCGAAGUCGCCAAGAAAGCCGAACUCAUCUGUGACUUCCUGCAGGACAAACUGCGGCCAGAGAAGCGAUGGCCUCGUUGCUCCAAUCAAAUGGAAGCAGGAAGUUCUCACAAGACCUCCUCUGAGGACGUCGGCGGCUUCGAUUUGCCGCCUCUCUUUGACUCCUCCGAUGAGAUGGAGCUCCGUCCUGUGGAACAUCACCCGAAGACCAAGAGGAGCCGGGACGGAGAAAACCCUCGAGUCAGGAUGAAGAACGUGGUGGGUGUGAUUGCUCGCUACACGGCCGCCCUGCAGGAGUUUCGCCGCAGCGUCUCCAUGAAGGUGGCCUUCGACCGGGUCGGCGUCGACCGGAACACCAUCUCCCGUACGGCGGCCAUCGCUGAGCUCAGCCUGGCGGCCCCGGAGGUCUUUCAUUCUCUGGAACCGUGGGAUGAGAAGGAGGAGACGCUGGCUCACUACGUCCACCGCUGCCGGCAGGCGAUGGACGACGACAUCAAGGCCAAGAUCAAAACGAUGAAGGCGAAAGGAGAGCUGCUGCCUAUCGUGUCAAAGUGAUGGUUGUUCUAUUGUACCGACUGAAGCAGAGUCUUUCUCCUGUGAAAGAAAACAUCCAAACACAAACCAUGAUGUCAAAGAACAGCCUGAAGCUACGUGUCCACUGGAUGCGUCUUUCCUGCAUGUAAACGAACGGAUCUGAACAAUCUCCCUUUUGGUGGGCGUGUCCCUGAGGUGUUCAGCUCCUGCUUCCUUCUUCUCCAACUAUCCUGCUCCUGAUUGGACAAACGCAUCGACUCAGGAGCCGUCUGCUCCUGGAUUUCAAGCCGGACCAACAUGGCGGCUCGGUCACAAACUUUGUCUUUUACUAGGAAAACAGUGAAAAGUAUUUCUGAAAGCAUGAGGCAAGAAAAAAUACAAUCACUGCAGCAGAGAUGUGGUUUUACAGAUGCAUGCUACGUACAUCUGAUAGGGACAGAAUAACCAAUGAAGAUGUUUUAAAAACAAAUUAUUCGCUCACGAACAACAUUAGGAAACGGCAAACACAUUAUAAAGACAUUAUUGUGGGCAGUCUAAGGCACACCUGUGCACUAAUCAUGGUGUCUAAUCAGCAUCCUGAUAUGGCACACCUGUGAGGUGGGAUGGAUUAUCUCAGCAAAGGAGAAGUGCUCACUGUCACAAGCUGGGUUUCCAUUACAGUUUUUCGCAAAAUAAAAGUGAUAUUUCUAAAAUUUCGACAAAGUAUAUUUGCGCUUUGAACGUGUUUCCAUUGAAGGUUGUUCUGGGCAGAAGCAUCGUAACUCUCGUAAAAUAUCAUCCCGCGAGAUUUCACUGCAGGAAGAUGGACGCCCAAAACCUCCUUAUACCACUCUGCAUUCCUCUGCUGUUUGCUGUCUAGUAUGGCAGUGAUGUUUUUCUCAAGAAUAAUGGCAAGAAAAGUCUCGGUCUCCUCUUCUGUCCACACGUACCGCGCCAUGUUUAGAACUGUUUAGAACUGAGAACUGGUCAUGUGACCAGGUACGUCACGUCCGGUGACGUAUAAUUGCGGAAAACGUGUUUCCAUUGCGCUUUUACGAUAUUUUUCAAUAUCGAAACGUCUGAAAAACCACCUCAUGAGAGCGUAAAAACUUUCUAGUGAUAUUUUAGUCCUUUUUUCUAAAUUCAGGUGUUUCCAUUACCAGUUUUUUAUCGCGCUAUUUACAUUUAGCGCAUAUCUAAGGGUAAUGGAAACGCAGCUACAGAUUUAUGAACAAUAUUUGAGAGAAAUGGUGAUAUUGUGUAUGUGGAAGAAGUUUUAGAUCUUUGAGUUCAUCUCAUAAAAAAUGGGAGCAAAAACAAAAGUGUUGCGUUUAUAUUUUUGUUGAGUGUCGCUCCGUUUGCCUCACAUCUGAUCAGUUUCCUCUUGUAUGAUUGUGAAACUGAGACUGUUGGAGGAACAGUCUCCUGUUUGUUCGUCCUCUGGGACUGUCACCAGAAUCAGUACCGUCAUGUUCCAAAUGUCUGUGACGAUCACGGAAAGCCUGCCAUCCCAGUAGAUGGUCUGAUCGGUACACAGUAAACAGCAUUUAUUCUGUGCUGAUUUACCGAUCACUGUUUUACAAUAAAAAAGAAAAGCACAGUGAGGGUGAAUAAGUCUUAUACUGAUUUAAAAAGGAAAAAAUGAACCACCAGUGUGUUACAUUCUUCUACUGACGUCUUUAACUAAAUGAUGGGAUGUUUUUUUCUUAUUAAAAUGACCUCUUUUACCCCA